AGAAUAACUUACUCCAACUGGUUUGUCUCUCACUGUGCUCUGCUUCCUUUGUUCUAUUGUGAAGCUUUUACUUUGUUGCGGAUGACAGUUGGGUCUUCGUUGGCCUAUUUGUUGUUUUUGAAUUACUUGGCAUGAAGAGAGUUUGUUGUGGCCCAAACUGCUCUCUUUGAGUUCCGUUUGUUGUAUAUCAUCAAUACGCACAACAUAAACCUGUCUUACCUUUAACAACAAGAAAGGUAGUGGUAAGGUAGGCCAUACAGGAGCUAAUACCUAGUCCUGUAAUGAGCCGUUGAAAACUUUAAAUUCUCUUUUGUUCUUUAAUGUCAACAAACUUUUAUAUAUUAAAGGGAAAGAAAAUACUAAAUUUCAGCAGAACUUUAAGAUUCAAAAAUCAGCUUCAUCAUUCCAAGCUUCUUUCUUUUUAUAUUCCUGAGACUUCAUCAUUAUUUUAGAGGAAUAUUUGACUGAUUAUUACGAGACGAACUCUUUUGUUUGUAUAGUUUAAUGAGUUUAGUUUUCUUCAAAAAAAAAAAAACUUUAGAAAAAGAAAUUUAGUUGAUGAUAAUUUUCAAUAAAUGUUUCUUUCUGCUGACCCAAGUUCAUAAACUUUCUGCUUUUAAUGAUAUGGACACGGCAUCAUAAUUGUUUUUUUUUUGGGUCAAGCAUGGCUAAAUGUGAAUGAAUAAAACUUUCCUUUAUUUUGGUCUUGAUUACUUUAUUAGGUAUAAUUUUGUCUAAUUUAGCAUUUCAGUUUCCUUUUGUACAUAAACAUUUCGUGUUUUUGUAAUACUUCUGAACCAUCAAUUUUUCUUCUGUGAACUUCUGCUCGUCCACAAAACUAGUGUUCUUCUGUAAAUCUAUCACAGAUAUGGUAGGAAGAAGCUACAGCUUAAACAUGCGUGGAGUUGAGUCCCAGGAUCUUAGGAUAGCUCUUUAUGAAAUGAAGGAAGAUGUUCAGAGACUCCAAGAAGAGUUAGACGCCGAGAGAGAAGCCACUGCCACGUCAGCGAGCGAAGCCAUGUCAAUGAUUCUAAGGCUCCAAGGAGAAAAAGCUGCUUUGGUUAUGGAAGCUAGCCAGUACAGGAGAAUGGUGGAGGAGAGAAUGUCUCACGCUGAGCUGUCCCUGGAGCUUUUGGAGGAUCUGAAUUACCAGAAAGAAGACGAAAUCAAGAAUCUCGAAAGCAGGUUAUAUGCCUACAAAUGCAAGCUUUUGAGCUUGGGAUGUAAGGGAACCGAUGAUGAUCGUUCUUUUAGUGAUAUGAGAUGGUGUGAUAGAUCACAAACACCAUCUCCAGAACCGGUUGAUACAGAUGUUUUGGUUCCUGUGGAGAAGGAAGUUAUUGAGCAGAGCUUGGAUUCUUCAAGAAAACAUCAGGAGAAGAAUUUAGAUUUGUGUUGGGAUCAGAUCAAGAAGCUAGAUGAGCAAUUAAAAGAGCUUACAGAUUCUAUAAAAAUGGAGACGUUCUCUGUGUCAGAAACUAAGAAUGGAGAAAUAAGUGAAGCUUUUGCUGCCAGCUCGUCAAACAUUCAAGAUAUGGUUCCAAAGGUGUGCAAGAAAUCAUCUAAACGGAAGAGGAAAAGAAGCGUAAAGAGAGAUCAUGUACAAGGUGGUUUUUCUGAAAAUGAUGCAGAGUAUCAAGCAGAGUUGCAGCGGUUGAGAGAGAGAGUAGAGCAGCUUGAGCGGGCUAGAUGCACCGCAGAGCCUCAAACUAGUGAAGUAAAGCAAGAAGAAGAGUUAAGUGUUGUCCAAGCUGAAAUGAAGGAUUCAAGAACAACUGUGGAGUUACUUCCUUGUUAUGACUCAGCUAUUGUCUCUGUCCAAGAGGCAAUGCUUUACUUCUGGCUGUGAGACAUGCCUGGACUUGGCGGCAUUAGAGCGAGUAAGAAUACACUAACUGAGAUUUCUACAAAUAGGAAGAUCAUCUUUGAUUUAAUUUAAGAAGUAUACAAGCCUAUAAGUGUGUCAUUAAGGUGUGAUUGAGAUUGUAUUUGUGUUAUUUUGUUUGCUGGUAGCAAGAUUCACCUUUUUGUGUAGUUGAGCCUUUGGGAAGCAAAUAUGGUUCUGUUUGCUAGAUAUUUCAUAUCAGAGAAUUUAGAGAAGAAUGAAAGUGAAAGUUACUAA